GGUGAGGGCAGGCGGGAGCGUGUUGCUCCUGCGGUACUGUGGUGCGGGCAGCGCGUCGGGAGGGCCCCGCACCCCGCGGGCAGGCAGCGGGCCGGCCAUGAUGGCGUGCGCCGAGCUGCUGGCCGUGUGCCUGCUGCCGGCCAAGCCCGGCCCCGAGCCCCGCCGCGAACCGCUGCCCAUCUUCCACGACAUUUUCCGGCGAGCGGACAAGAACGAUGAUGGGAAACUGUCAUUUGAGGAGUUCAAGAACUAUUUUGCUGAUGGAAUCCUCAGCUCGGAGGAGCUGUGGGAGUUGUUCAGUGGCAUUGACAGGCGUCAUUCAGACAAUGUGGACACAGAGAAGCUGUGUGAUUAUUUCUCAGCAUAUCUUGGAGAGUACAGGAAUGUGCUUUCUGCACUGGAAACGCUCAACUCUGCUGUCCUGGCAGCCAUGGACAAAACCAAGCUGAGCUACGAGACCUCCUCCAAGAUGGAGCAGUUCCUGACCCGCUUCCUGCUGCGGGAGACCAUGCACCAGCUGCAGUCCCUGCAGGGCUCACUGGAGUGUGCUGUGGACACCAUGGAAGAGCAGGCGGGACGGGAGAGAAAGGACAUAAAGAAAUCAGAGGCUUUGGUUGGCUUGAGGUCAGGGCGGCGAUGUGGGCGCAGAGGACAGAAGAACAUCUGUCUGUCUCCAACAGACCCCUACUCUGGGAUGCUGACCACAGGUGUUUGUGUGGAAGCUGACAGCCAGUGGAUGGCACAGAUCUCCAGGCUCCAGCAGCUCAUUGAGAAAUUGGAGUGCAAGAGCCCACGCCUGGAGCCUCUGAAGGAGGAAGCAACGUGCAAAGGAAGAGAUGAAAGCAUCCUGGUGGCCAAGAGGCAGAUCUCUGUGGCCAAGGGCAGCAUCGAGGAGUUUCGCCAGGCACUCAGGUCCUACAUGGAGGUCACCACGGCGCAGAGCAGCUGCCUGCAUGUGUCUGCCUGCAAGCUGACGGACGAGGCCUGCUUCAUCCUCUAUGAGUUCUGGCAGGACGCGGCUUCGUGGAGAAGCCACCUGCAGUCCAGCCACAGCAAGACGUUCCAGCGGGCCACCAUCAGCUUGCUGGAGUCCCCGGAGCUGCUGACCACCAUGCUCUUCCCAGCAUCCUGGUGGAUCAUGAACAACAACUGACCCGAGCAGCAGCUCCGGAUGCUGCUGGCACGCAGAAGGACGUGGAGCCCCUUCCAUGCCACCGCCUGCGCUCACGUUUGUCACCUCUGCGCCCCGCUCACCUCCUGCAGCCCCAGUGCUGCCCGUCUGGUGGCCCCAGCCUUGUUUCACCCUUUUGCUCUUUUUGUGUAAUUCAUUUAUUGAUUUACUUACUCCCAGUGGAGCAGCUGAGCGUGGCACCAGGUCCCUGCAUGCCACUGUGGUGCCACCGCCCGAGUGCAGCUCCUGGCUCUGUGCUGCUGCUGAGUGAACAUAAACAGAACUGGCACAGUGCAGGCACAGAGUGUGUGGCUGUUACUGCAUGCUGUGGGUCGGGCAUGGCACUGUGCGAGGAGCCAGGACAGUGCAUUGGCUGUAACAGCACAGUGACAGCCGUGUCCUCACGCUGCAUUCCCCGCAGCAGAGCCAGCAGAAACUGAACUCUUGGGAGCAGUGUGAAGUGAGAGCCAGUGUGGGCACAUGGGCAGGGCACUGUGCUAUGGCCCUGCAGGAGAUGGAGGAUGUCACAGCUCCUCGCCUGCCACGCGCCUGUCCUGCACCAGCAGCGUGGUGCUCAGCACCACACCUGGCCUGCCCCUCACCUCUUUUCCCUGCUGGCUUACACCACAGAUGUUAAUUUGAAUGGUUCAACUCCAUUCUCCAUUUGUAGUUAUUAAAAUGCCACCAGCCUGCGGUAGAACAGGGCACAGCUGGUGCGGGGCCGUCGGGCACAGAGGGGGAGGGCUUGGGGGGGCAGGAGAGGGCUCUGCUUACCCCAGCCAUGGAGAUGAGGGCAAGAGAACCCCUUCCUUAGUGGAGGAGCAGCAGCAGCAGCCCAGAGCCUGCUGCCCCAUCUGGUGGGUGGCUCAUGGUGGGGGUGGCACCCAUGGGAGGGCAAAAUGCUGGGGGCUGCAGCUUGGCCACAGCUGCUGAGCAAUGCAGGGGGGCAGCUGGGGCACAAAUACUUUCCCAGCCCCAAGCAGUGCCUGCCCUUCAGCCCUGCAUGGCCACAGCCCCCGAGCCACCCCCUCCUCCUCUCCCCCCCCUUUUGUCCCCAUGUUUCUGCCCCCAGCGACAGAGGGGAAGGUGCGGUGUGAUGAAUAGUCUUUUUAUUGACUACUUUCGAGUAGAACAAACUAAAUACAUCUGUAACAGUUUGGGUUCCUUUAUACAGUACAUUAAAUAAGUUAUGCACAGGAAUGAAGUAACAAAUUCCUAUUACAGAAUUAAAUGUCAAAAAAAAAAAAAGAAAAAUAGAAAACUCAGUCCCACGAGUCUGCCCAUGUCCAGAGCUCACAUUUAUCGUUAUGUGUUGGAAAAAAAAUAAUUCUAACCAUGA